AUGUCGCAACCCGUGGUUCAAAAAGACCACGAGCUGAAGGUGGCUUUUAUUACAAUUUUAUGGACGAAAGAGGAAUUCGAUCCUAGCAUUGAUGAUAUGUUAGUGGGUCUGGAAGAUUUGGGAUUUUGUCAGAGGUCGGUCGUUGAUGUUCCCACCGUGGUCCAUAACAGCCUCUACGACAUUUCACUGCGCCGACCAUCGCUAAAUACAGCAUUGGAGGGUCUGUUGAGUCAAAUUUCGAGGGAAGCAACGGCUAUAAUGUUGGUGCUGGUCAACUAUCCUGUAUGCUGCUCCUCUUCGCCCUUUAUUUGA